AUGGAUGGUGGCAGCGGCCUGAACAUUUUGUAUGCUGAGACCCUCCGAGAGAUGGGCAUUCCGAUGUCUAAACUCAGUGAAAGCAAUAUGCGAUUCCACAGUGUCAUCCCUGGAAAGAAAGCCGAUUCACUCGGCCAGAUUACUCUUGAUGUGUGUUACGUGUACCUCAAGCUAAAGAUGCCUAGUCCCAGAGGCGUGAUCACAGUCACUGGUAAUCGGCAGAGAGCAGAAGAGUGCCUCCAGAAGGGCUCGAAGAUUGCCGAUGAACAGAUGGCAGCAGUGGAAAUGCAAGAAUAUCAGAAGAAUGCAGAUCCGAGUGAUUUGCUACAUGCCAAGAAGCCUGCUUCAGAAUCUGCAUUUUAG